AUGAACCGGUACGUCUACUUGCAGUCGCGUCUUUCUGAUGUAGGGGGUUCAGAUACAAUUGAAGGUCUAGCACUCGAUAUGCGAAAGGUUGAGCAGGGGAUGAGAUCAAAGGCAUUAGAGCUUAAAACAAGUUCCCUUGCAAAUAUGGACAAGCUGAAACUUCUCCAACUCAAAAACGUGAAACUCACUGGGUGCUACGAAAAUUUUCCAGAGUUUAUAUGGUUGUGCUGGCAUGGAUGUCCUUUGCAAAUAAUGCCCCCUGGGUUAUUGAUGAGCAGCUUGGUCGCUAUAGAUAUGAGUGAUGGUCACUUGGAAAAGUUUGAAGCACCCACGGGACUUAAUUCACUCAAGUACCUAAGUCUUAAAGGUUGUGACAAACUUGUCAGCAUCUGCAAUCUCUACCGGCUCCCUAAACUUGACACUUUGAUCCUCUGGAACUGUAGUAGUCUGACUCAUCUUUGUAAAUCCACAGGCGACCUUGAGUAUCUUGAUUUUUUGGAUUUGACAGGGUGCACUAAACUUUUGAAAUAUGUAAAACAACCUGAAACCAUGAUGGUUCCACAAAAACCAUUGCUUUCCUUACCCCGGUCACUAAUGUUGUUGGAUCUCAUAAACUGUGACAUGGAUCAUAACAAUGAUGUUUAUGUUGCAUUCCAUGCCCGAUCAUUGUUUGUCCUGUGUUUAGCCGUUAAUCCAUUUGAGUACCUGCCCAGUAACAUUAAUCUUAAAAUGCUCCGCAUACUCAACUUGUAUUCUUGUCCAAACCUGAAGUCUAUCUCAUGUAUCCCAAGUACGCUAUUGGAGUUGCAUAUAGAUUGGUGUAUAUCACUGGAGAGAGUAACAUUCCAAUCGGGUCGUUUCACUCUACAGGGGUGUGCUUAUGAGUGUUGUUUCAAACUGUCAGAAAUUCAAGGCCUUUUUAAAUUAGUGUCCGUAGCAGAAACUGAAGAAGCAGAACUUGGUCACAUGCAAUGGAUCAAAGCAUAUGAAGAUCAUAAGGUGGAACUGGUCGGUGACGAGAUUACUAAAGGCAAAAUUUGGCAUACUCAGGUGUUGUAUGAAUAUGGUAUAAUGAGCACCUAUCUGCAAGGCAUAGAUUAUCGAAGCAUGAUGACAUCUGAGUAUACGUCAUCAUCCUUAUUCUUAUUCUUUUGUGUGCCUUUUCAUCAUGAGAAGAACAGGAUCCAAGGAUUAAACGUAAGUUGCUUAUACAGAUUAUCAGGAUCCAAGGAUAAUGAUGAGUUGGGUUUGUUGGCAAAAAUCAGCAACAGAAGCAAGGGUCUUACAUGGCUACUGGCCAAUCGGAACAUAUUAGAUGCUGGUGAUGCAGUCACUGUGGGUAUAAACGCGGAUGAAGCGGUGAUGGUAAGCCAAUGUGGUGCCAGCCUGGUGUAUGUGGAUGAUAGUGAAGAAGAUGAAGAAGAGAACUUUGGGACUAACACUAUGAAAGAGGAAGAAGAGAUUGGAGGAGAUCUGUCUGAAUUCGAGGUGACCACAGGAGGCUACUAUCUUUCACGCCGUGAUUUAUUUGGUCCGGAAACCUCUUAUUGGUUAAAAUGGUUGUUCGGUGAUAACGUUCACUACACAGAUUCACAUGGAUGGAGGAAAAGUCAUCAGUCGAAGUUAUCUUGGAUGGUGAGAGAUUUUGCAAACACCUUCCUCAGAAUAAUUGAGUUGGGAGUUAGCUUUAACAAUCAAAGUGAAAUCUACACUAUAGAGAAGGCGGUAUCUAGUCUUGUCGGCAUUGAAUCUGUGUCCACUCAAAAAGAUACAGAAAGACUAAUCGUCGUCGGAUGCGUUGAUCCUAUUGAAGUUGUAAGCUGUGUGAGGGAACUAGGCAACAUGGCGGUGAAGGUUUUAUCUGUUAAAUACAAAAUUGAGUAA